AACCUGCCCGUUCAUAGAGACGCAAACAGCCGGAGAAGAACAUUCAGUUCUGACUGAACAAUCGCUCGCUUCUGAUGGAACACACAAUGAUACAUUCAAUGAUACAUUCAGCGAUCUGAGUAUACAUUGUUACAUUGUCGCCUCUGGGCACAUAAAGCUGUCAACCUAGUAUUAUUUUUACCGGUCGAACUGUAAAUAUCAGAAUCUCUGAAGAGUCAAACUAUGGACGCAGCAAAACAAGGAGGCGUCAUAGCAUACAUUUGCUCCACAAGCUCCACCCCCAGCCCUGAGUCAUGCAUGAGUGACAGAUCUAAUAGCCGCUCCCCUUCAUCCUCACCACCUCUGUCCACCAAUCAGAGCCUCACAGUUGGACUACUCUCGAAGCAGGCUCACCUACGAAGGCACGCCUCUGACAAGACCGGGAUGACGCUCGCCGCCAAGAGCAGCAUCACAAAGCUCAGUGGAAUGGUGCUACUGUGUAAGGUGUGUGGAGACGUAGCUUCGGGCUUCCACUAUGGCGUUCAUGCCUGUGAAGGCUGCAAGGGUUUCUUCAGAAGAAGUAUCCAACAGAAUAUUCAGUACAAGAAAUGCCUAAAGAUGGAGAGCUGCGUUAUUGUGCGAAUAAACCGCAAUCGCUGCCAGCAGUGCCGAUUCAAGAAGUGUUUAGCUGUCGGCAUGUCGCGAGACGCUGUUCGAUUUGGACGUAUCCCCAAACGGGAAAAACAGCGGAUGCUUCUGGAGAUGCAGUCGACCAUGAAUUGCAUGAUGAACAACAGUCAACUGCAAUGCAUGCUUCAAGGCACACAGACAACACCGUGUGCUAUUGACACCAGCCAAAGUGACUCCAGCUCUUCCUUGCCAUCGCCGCCAAAUUCACCGCAGUCCUCAUUUGAUAUCUCCCGGGACACUGAGUCAGUCACUCCCAUGGAUACAUCCAUGAGUUCGGCAUCGUCCUGUUCCUCGGACAGCGGGGAAGAAGAUCCAGUGAGCAAUGAAUGUGCUCCAAGUGAGGAUCUAUUCAGGUACACCUGCUCCAUCUCGCCGGCCAGCUCGGACACGCUGAGCUGCAGCAGCAAGGAUGAGGAGCAACAGCAAGAAUGCUGGAACCGUUUGAACGGGAGUAGUUUCAUCGACAACCAGCGACACUCUGACUGCCAUAACGGCCUGCAAGCCACCACUGCACCAAACAGGGAACAUGUGACUGGAUACCAUACGACCCUACAAUGCAGUCGAAGCCCUACUGGAGGCCAGCAAGAACACUUGUCUUACCACGCACACAAUGGGAACAACAUCAAUGAACUCCAAAAAGGAGGAAGCAGACGGCAUCUGGUAUGUCCCAUGAAUUUUUCCCCCUUCGUGGACCCCUGCAAGCCCGGUCAUGAUAUCUGGGAGGAGUUUUCUAGAAGUUUCAUCCCUGCUGUGAGAGAAGUCGUGGAAUUUGCGAAGCGGAUCCCCUGCUUUCAGGAUCUCUCCCAAAAUGACCAGGUCAACCUCCUCAAAGCUGGAACCUUUGAGGUGUUGAUGGUACGGUUUGUGUCUUUGUUUGAUGUGAAAGAGCGGACUGUGACCUUCCUCGGUGGCAGGAAGUAUAACGUGGACUUGUUGCGCUCUCUGGGCGCUGGAGAGCUGCUCAACUGUAUGUUUGAGUUCAGUGAGAAGCUGACCGCCCUGGAGCUCAACGACGAGGAGAUGAGUCUCUUUACCGCUGUGGUGCUGGUGUCUGCAGACCGGACAGCCAUUGAGAACGUCAAAGCUGUGGAGAUCUUGCAGGAGACUCUAAUCAGAGCUUUGAGGAACCUGAUCAUGAAGAACCACCCAAACGAAGCGGCCAUCUUCACCAAGCUGCUUUUAAAACUCCCUGAACUGCGCUCGCUAAAUAACAUGCACUCUGAGGAGCUGCUAGCCUUCAAAAUCCAACCUUAAACCAACACGUGCUUUCUCUACUCUGGCCAUCGUGGGUUUUACAUUUUACUCUUGAAUGUAUUUAACAGGCUUUUUUGACUCUAAAGGCUUAAAGUGUUUAAAAAAAACACACCAUUUUUUGUGGAUAAAGACUCUUUGACUACUGUAUACUGAAACUGUAGUCUUGUUACUGUGCUGCUAAUGCAGGCAUUCAAAUGGUUAAAAGUAUAUUAGAUAUAGAUUUAUUCAUGGAACCACUGUGUUUUCUUGCCAAAUCUAAGAUCACACACUUUUGUUAACACUAGCUAGACUCCAUGCUUUUCAAGCAGAGCUUGGAAGAUUAUGUAUUUACAUUAUGUGCAAUAGCUGCUAAUGCAUGCUAUUCAUAAGAGCAGCUUCAUGUUUUAUCCUGUCCAUAAGAGUUUGUAAUCUUUUAAAGAUUGAUUAUGUGUUGAUGUCAUUGUUUUCUGAAUGUCUUUCUAUUGCUAGCAGUGACUAGCAGUCUUGAUGCAUGUUAGCAUCGUUUUAGCCUGUAUGACAGGCGCGAUGCCUUUGCACACGGUGUUCGGAAGUAGCGAUCACAAACCACAGGUUUCACAUUUGCGACCCUGACACCAUAUGUACAGUGCACUGGCAGAAUGUAUCUGUCUAUCAAUUGUAAUUUAUGAGCGGAGCCACUUUAAAUGAUAAGAGGUUUACAUUUGUUGUCACUUUAAUAUAGACCACAUAGAUAGAGGUGUUAUUUGUCUUCCAAUAUGCAUUCGGAAGCAUAGUUGACAUGAACAAAGGAUGUUUCGUGCACAAUUUGAAAGAGAUGGAACUGUAUUUAUGGUUAUUAAAGAUGUAUUUGUAUUGCCUUAUUGCCACAUGGACAGGUGACAUAUGUUUGUGUGCUUUAUCAGAGCAGGGAAACCAUGUUUAAAUCCCAGUUUUUUGGGAUACACUGCUCUUGGAUUUACUCUGUCCUAGAUUACUCUAUGCAUUUGGAAACAGCUUGGCAAUAUGGACAUUUACUCAGCCUGUAAUCUAUAGGAAAUUAAUUCGCUCAUUACUAUUCCCUAGUUCAAAUUUGGUGUGUCCAUGUCAUUGUUUCUAAAAUAACAGUGCAGUAUGUAUAGUUGUGUAUAUCUAUUUGAAAUCUAUCGAUAAAGUAAAUCAUUAAAUAUGUACUUGCCAACUGUUGUCAUGUCCCUUAAUUG